AUGUCUGUGUCCUGUGUAAACUGCACGUCCGUGAGUGAAUUUAUUCUGGGUGGGCUGACAGAGACACCGCACUUAGAGAAAGUCCUCUGCAGCAUCUUCUUUCUUAUAUAUGCAAUGAAUGUGGCCGGCAACCUCUCAAUCAUCAUCAUUGUGGCUCUCGACUGCAACCUGCACAGCCCAAUGUACUUUUUUCUGGGUAACCUCUCCUUCCUGGAUAUCUGUUUUUCCUCUGUCGCUGUCCCUAGGAUGCUCCAUGAUUUCAUAACUCGACAGAAGGUAAUUUCAUUAGCAGCUUGCUUGGCUCAGAUGCACUUCUUCCAUUUCCUGGGCAGCACCGAGGUCCUUCUUCUGACUGCCAUGUCGUACGAUAGAUUUAUAGCCAUCUGUAGACCCCUUCAUUAUACGGAGAUCAUGAAUAGGAAGCUGUGCCUAACUCUGGCCAUUGGAUCUUGGGCCACUGGCUUCCUUCAUUCACUGCUGCACACAAUAAGCACGUCCUUGUUACCAUUUUGUGGGCCCAACAUAGUCAAUCAUUUCUUUUGUGACAUUAAGCCAUUGCUGAAGUUGUCCUGCACCAACACCAGUUUUAAUUCCAGUCUGCUGCUACUCGUCACAGGGUCCUUGGUAAUGAUAUCGUUCCUCUUGACCCUUCUGUCCUACAUCUAUAUCGGUUAUACCCUUGCUUGGAUUCCAUCAGCCACGGGAAGGUCCCGAGGAUUUUCCACAUGCGCCGCUCAUCUCAUUGUGGUUAUUUUACUCUAUGGGACAGCUCUGUUCACCUACCUGCGCCCAGUUACAGAAAAAUCCAUAGAAAUUGACAGAAUUGCAGCCAUUCUAUUCACCAUCCUCACACCCAUGCUAAACCCUAUUAUUUACACGUUGCGGAACCAAGAUGUGCAGAACGCGUUGGUAAAACUUGCAAAUUCAUGGAUAUGA